GAGCGCGCGGCCCCGCAUCCGGGGAUCCCGGCGCGGCCGCCGCCUCCCGCGCACACACGGCCAUGGCGGAGGCCUCCUCACUGGAGAGGCAGAGCCCUGGUGCGGCCUCCUGCCUGCCUCACAGUCUGUGCCCCGGGGAGCCCAGCUUGCAGACCACAGCAGUGGUGUCCAUGGGCUCUGCAGACCAUCAGUUCCACCUGGCGGAGAUCCUGUCACAGAACUACGGCGUCCGGGAGGAGCACGAGGGUGCAGCGCGGGGCCCAGAGAAGCCGGAGGAGGAGCUGGAGAAGGACUUCGUCUCCCAGAGCAGCGACAUGCCCCUUGACGAGCUGCUGGCCUUGUAUGGCUACGAGACCUCGGACCCCAUCUCGGAGCACGAGAGUGAGGGCAGUGAUGCUGCAGCCCACCUGCCCGACAUGACCCUAGACAAGGACCAAAUAGCGAAGGAUUUGCUUUCAGGGGAAGAAGAGGAAGAAACACAGUCCUCAGCCGAUGACCUCACCCCAUCUGUGACCUCCCACGAGGCCUCCGACCUUUUCCCUAGUCAGAGUGGAUCCUGCUUCCUGGCUGAUGCGGACAAGGAGCCUGGCUCCUCCAGCUCAUCAGAUGCUGAGGAGGACCCACUUCCUGCCAACAAGUGUAAGAAGGAAAUCAUGGUUGGGCCUCAGUUCCAAGCUGACCUCAGCAACUUGCACUCGAACCGGCAUGGUGAGAAGAUCUACGAGAACGAAGACCAGCUGCUCUGGGACCCCAACAUCCUUCCCGAGAGGGAAGUGGAGGAGUUCCUGUACCGGGCGGUGAAGCGGAGGUGGCACGAGAUGGCUGGGUCUCAGCUUCCGGAGGGAGAGGCUGUGAAGGACAGCGAGCAGGCGCUGUACGAGCUGGUGAAGUGCAAUUUCAAUGCAGAGGAGGCCCUGCGGAGGCUGCGGUUCAACGUGAAGGUGAUCCGAGACGGGUUGUGCGCCUGGAGUGAGGAGGAGCGCCGCAACUUCGAGCAUGGCUUCCGCGUGCAUGGCAAGAACUUCCACCUGAUCCAGGCCAACAAGGUGCGCACGCGGUCAGUGGGCGAGUGUGUGGAGUACUAUUACCUGUGGAAGAAGUCCGAGCGCUACGACUACUUCUCUCAGCAGACACGGCUAGGCCGCCGGAAGUACGGCCCAUCAGGAAACACGGAUGCCGACCAGGACCUGGAGGGCAGUGACCCCGACGGCCCUGGCCGCCCCCGCUCCUCGCCACCCCUGCCCCUGCCUGCCGCUGCCCACGGCCCGGGUCCUGAGCAUGACCGCUUGGCCCGGAUGCACGCGGAGCCCCUGAGCAUGGGCAGCGGCAUGUCCGGGAAUCUUGGCGAGCCUGGGGAGGUCCUUGAUGUACCCCCAUCCUCGGAGCCAGGGCCUCGUUCGUUCCCGCCACUGGACGAGCCCUCAGCUUUGCCCUUGCCUCGGCGGCCCCCAGCCCUGGCUGAGCCGGCCUUCUUCUCGCCUGCCACGGCCGCUCCAGAGCCCGGUGCCAGCCCAAGGUUGGCCGUGGACUUGACCUUGCCUGAGGAGCUGCCACUCGUCUCCAGCCACGAGGACACUGAUGGAGAGCCUGAGGAGGCCGUGGGCCCUCCGCAAGUGGCCUUGUCAGUGGCCGAGUUUGGACUCAUCGGCAUCGGGGACGUGAACCCCUUCCUGACCUCCCACCCGGCAUGCCCGGCCCCCGGGCUGCACUCGGAGCCCCUGUCACACUGUAACGUGAUGACCUGUUGAUCCCUGGCCACAGGCGGGCAUGUAGCUGGACUGGACUUGGGGCCACUGUGAGGCCUGCCUGUCAGUCUUCCCGACCCCUCCCUUUUUUGCGGGCCUUGGGUGGCGUCUCUUCUGCUCAGAACUCUUCGAGGACCAGGGUGAGCGGGGCCCUCCCAUGCCACACACCACGUGACCCAGGCUCCACGCCCAGCCUGGGAUCCAUCAGGCGGCCGGGCAUGGAGGGCCAGCCUGUCCAGCAGCAGAGGCCCUGCCAGGGACAGGGGAGACGGGCCGGACGCCGCCCCACCAGCAGCCUCUGCCGGGCACCCUCAGCGCUCUGCUCACUCGUCUCUUGCGCCCGGCUGGACCAUGGGCCGCCCCAGCCCAGGCUCGGGGCAGCUGCUACUCGGUGCCAAACCCCGUGGGGCGCAGAGCCAUAUACCUCGAUGCUGGCCCUGCCCUGCUGUCCGCCCGCUCUCCACUUCAGGAAAAGCUGCACUUUACGCACCCCACCCCCACCCCCUGGGUCCUUGGCUGCCUCGGGUGUGGGUCUGAGGACACGGGACUCACACCUCUUGGCACUGAGGCCCUGUCCGAGCUGCACCGGGGGCCCGGCUCCAGCCCAUUUCCCUGACCGAGGAGGUUGUGUUUUUGUUGAGGUCCCAGCAGGACCGCUGGGGUCCUGGGCUUUCUCCUCCGCAGCCGCCUUGUUUUAUUUAUGUUUCUGUUUACAAAUGGGAGUGGGGUCCUCUGGGGGCAGGGCAGCGCUCCCACCCCGUGUCACCAGGGGGCUUUGGCGCGAGCCAUCCACAGGGCUGGACUCGACCUUCCCUUGCCCCACCAAGGACCACACUGUGAAGUGACACUGCCUUGACCCCCUUGCUGUUUUAUUUAUUAAACUUGGUUUGAAGCCCCA